CGCCGCGCCGCGCAUGCUCCUUCCUUUCCAGCCCGGUCCCGAGCGGAGCAGCAGCCGCGAUGUUGAUGCCCAAGAAGAACCGGAUUGCCAUUUAUGAACUCCUUUUUAAGGAGGGAGUGAUGGUGGCCAAGAAGGAUGUCCACAUGCCUAAACAUCCUGAGCUGGCAGACAAGAAUGUGCCCAACCUUCAUGUCAUGAAGGCUAUGCAGUCUCUCAAAUCACGAGGCUAUGUGAAAGAACAGUUUGCCUGGAGACAUUUCUACUGGUACCUUACCAACGAGGGCAUCCAGUAUCUCCGUGAUUACCUCCAUCUGCCCCCUGAAAUUGUGCCCGCCACCCUGCGCCGCAGCCGUCCUGAGACUGGCAGGCCACGACCCAAAGGUCUGGAGGGUGAGCGGCCUGCAAGACUAAAUCGAGGGGAAGCUGACAGAGACACCUACAGACGGAGCGCUGUGCCCCCUGGUGCAGAUAAAAAAGCCGAGGCUGGGGCUGGGUCAGCUACUGAAUUCCAGUUUAGAGGAGGAUUUGGUCGUGGACGUGGUCAGCCACCUCAGUAAAGUUGGAGAUUGUUUUGUGUUAAAUAAACCUGUAGCCAGAAAAAAUUAACUUGUGUGUUCCUAUUUAGUUGGCAUU